AUGUCGGAACAGGCGCUCAGGAAGCGAUUGGAGGCCUUGGUCAAGACUGGAGAGAACCGCUUCUGCGCCGACUGCGGCAAGAGAGAGCCCCGCUGGGCCUCCGUUAAUCUCGGGCUGUUCAUAUGCUUGGAUUGCUCUGGAAUCCACCGCAACUUGGGGGUUCAUAUCUCGUUUGUUCGGAGCGUCAACCUGGACACUUGGAAGCCGGCUCAAGUUAAGGGCAUGGAAGAAAUGGGAAACGAGCGCGCCAAGGCUCACUUCGAGGCCGAAGUGCCGGCCAGCUACACCGUGCCGCGAGAACACGCCACUGUCCGCGAGCGCGAGAAAUGGAUCCGUGACAAGUACGAGCACAGGCGUUUCGUGUCGAGGAAUCCUCAGCCUGCUAGGCAGCGGAAGCCGGAGGAGUCUACCGGCUCACGAUCUUCGAGGAAGGACAGCGGCGCAGCCUCCUCCAAGUCCCCCACGGGAAAGACCGGCAGCAGUAGCAGUAGCCGGGGGGCGGGGCGAACAUCGUCCUCGACCUCCACGGCGCCGUCUCCGGCCGCUUCCAAGGCUACAUCAUCUACCACCACCAGGGCCGUGCCCCGCCUCCAGAAGGCCGGCACCGGGGCAGUGAAGGCCGCUUCCACCGCCGCCGCCGCCGCCGCCGCCGCACCGGCCGCUGUCCCCGCCCCUGCGGUCGAUCUCCUCGACUUCUCCGAGCCGGCCCCGCCGCAGGCGCCGCCAAAAGCGUCGCCGCCGCCGUCGAGGGCUUCGUCGGCGCCGCCACCGCCGCCGGCGGACCAGAUGUUCGAGUUCUCGGAUUUUCAGUCUGCGCCUUCUUCGUCGUCGGGGGCGACGGUGCCGUCGGCAGCGGCGUCGGUGGGAUCCCAGCAGCAGCCGGCCGCAGUGCAGCAACCGGCGUCGCAGUCUGGACAGCAAGGGCAGCAGGAGCAACCGGCGGCAGGUGCCCCUGGGAAGGCAUCCGCGGCGUCGAUUUUGUCCAUGUUUAACAGCCCCGCGGGCGGCGGCGUUGCGGGCCGCAGUAUGGCGGGGCCUGUCGGUUCAUCCCCUGUAGCAGGGGUGAUGAAAACCCCAGAGCUGAACCAAGUGUCGCAGAUGAUGUCGACGCUGAACGUCGGGGGCCUCGCGCCGAUGGGCUCCCAGCAGAUGGGCAUGCCGGAAAGUUGUUGAGCAGUUCGCUGCCGGUGCAUGAACGUAGCCGAUCACCGUGUGGCCUUGGUGCCGACGAUUUCGUCUGCCGUGUAAGGACCUUGUUUUUAGUAUUUUUGAGGCUGUGUAAACUGGAGCCGCCUUAUGGUUGUGAGCGGCGCCCUCACCAUUUCUGUGUAUUGUCCCUUUGUCUUGUAGCCGUCGAGUCUUGUGGUCUGAGCGACGCCAGGCGUCCGGUGUUGUGUGCUACGCGGUUUUGUGCUAUUGCACUUUGUUACAUGGCACCUUGGGUUAGCCUUUGGGGGGUUAGCAAUGUUUAUUUACAGCUGUGAAGUUGAGAAAAGAUGACGAUGAACUC